CAGUGGUCUCUGUGCUAAAACAGUGUUGGAAAGAAAGUUACCUUUCUUUGGAUGAAGCACACUGGAGUUACAUUCUGCAAGCAGAGCAAAUGAGGUGAUGGCACUGUGAAGGUGGUAUAUCCCAGCUCGCUAUGUGGGAUUUAGGAAGGGUGCAGCGGCUGCUGAGUGCAGGAGAAGAUGGUUAUAACCAUGGGAGCCAGGAAAAAUCUGAGAAGGAAUGAGCAGCCGAGAGACCUGGCAUUCCUUGGGCAGCUUCAAAGAGCGAUGAGGUAUCUGAAUCAGCGCAAGAUGAAAUGAGCACUUGCUGCUGCCAUGUUGGCAGAACAGAGCUGUUCACAGGCUGUUGGACAGGUUUGUGGCUGAGCCGGUUUAUCCAGUGUUGAAGAUGGGAAGUUACUUGUCUGCCCCAGCUUACUUCACUUCCAAGGAUCCCUUUCGGUGCUCUGAAUGUCAGGAUCCCCUCACUAACUGGUACUAUGAGAAAGACGGGAAGCUGUACUGUCACAAAGACUACUGGGGGAAGUUUGGGGAAUCUUGCCAUGGCUGCUCUCUGCUGAUGACUGGACCUGUGAUGGUGGCAGGCGAAUACAAGUAUCAUCCUGAGUGCUUUGCCUGUAUGAGCUGCAAAGUGAUCAUUGAAGAUGGGGACACUUACGCACUUGUGCAGCAUUCCAGUCUCUACUGUGGAAAAUGCCACAACCAGAUUGUGCUAACACCGAUGAUAGAAAAACAUUCAACUGAGUCUCUGCGUGAGCAGCUGCCCUAUACACUGACCCUCAUCUCCAUGCCGGCAGCGACUGAUGGCAAGAGGGGGUUCUCUGUGUCUGUUGAAGGUGGCUGCUCCAGCUAUGCCACUGGAGUCCAGGUGAAAGAAGUUAACAGGAUGCACAUCAGCCCAGAUGUCCGAAAUGCCAUCCACCCUGCGGAUCGUAUUCUGGAGAUUAAUGGAGCUCCUAUUCGUACGUUACAGGUGGAGGAGGUGGAGAACUUGAUUCGCAAGACAAGUCAGACGCUUCAACUGCUGAUAGAGCAUGACCCUGUCUCACAGCGCUUAGACAGACUCCGUUUGGACUCCCGGCUUCCUACCCACAUGAAAUCUCCCAUCUCCCCUGGCUCCCUGUCUCCACUGGACAUCAAGGAGAAUCUGGAAGGAACACUCCGCCGGCGUUCCCUCAGGCGAAGUAACAGCAUUUCUAAGUCUCCUGGCCCCAGUUCUCCAAAGGAACCACUCCUUUUGAGCCGUGACAUCAGUCGCUCUGAAUCCCUGCGUUCCUCUUCUAGCUGUUCCCAGCAGAUCUUCCGGCCCUGCGACCUAAUUCAUGGCGAAGUACUAGGAAAAGGAUUUUUUGGGCAAGCAAUCAAGGUAACUCACAAAGCAACAGGAAAGGUGAUGGUGAUGAAGGAGCUGAUUCGCUGUGAUGAGGAAACACAGAAGACUUUCUUGACAGAGGUGAAAGUGAUGCGCAGCCUGGAUCACCCGAAUGUGCUGAAGUUCAUCGGAGUACUGUACAAGGACAAGAAGCUGAAUCUCCUCACCGAGUACAUUGAGGGGGGCACCCUGAAGGACUUCCUCCGCAAUGCAGACCCAUUUCCCUGGCAGCAGAAGGUCAGCUUUGCCAAAGGAAUUGCCUCCGGAAUGGCCUACUUGCACUCCAUGUGCAUCAUUCACAGAGACCUGAAUUCACACAAUUGCCUAAUCAAGUUGGAUAAGACAGUGGUGGUGGCUGACUUCGGUCUGUCUCGGCUGAUUGUGGAGGAGAGAAAAAAGCCCACACUGGAGAAGCCUUCUGCCAAGAAGCGAACGCUGCGCAAGAGUGACAGGAAAAAGCGCUACACAGUGGUUGGGAACCCAUACUGGAUGGCCCCAGAGAUGUUAAAUGGACAGAGCUAUGAUGAAACCGUGGAUAUCUUCUCAUUUGGGAUUGUUCUCUGUGAGAUCAUAGGCCAGGUGUAUGCGGAUCCGGACUGCCUCCCACGCACACUGGAUUUUGGCCUUAAUGUCAAGUUGUUCUGGGAAAAGUUUGUUCCUGCUGACUGUCCUCCAGCCUUCUUCCCUCUGGCUGCCAUUUGCUGCAGACUGGAACCAGAGAGCAGGCCCACUUUUUCCAAGCUGGAAGAUUGCUUUGAAGCGCUCUCUCUCUUCCUGGGAGAACUGGCGAUCCCCCUCCCAUCUGAGCUGGAAGAGUUGGACCACAACGUGAGCGUGCAGUAUGGACUGAGCCGUGACAAGCUACCUGAAAACACAACCUAGUCAGUCCGUCCUACUGCCUGCACCACUUCCGUGAGAUCUGACGUGAGCGACAGGGAGGGAGAUGCACUUCAGCCAUUUCCAGGGCAUUAAUGGUGCACCACGCUGUGCGUUUGCUGCAUUGCCUCUCCCCCCCGCAUCCAACACACCUGCCCCUCCUCUUGGACCUCCUGAUUCACUGUGGAUUUGUGGCAUCUUUCAGAAGAGAAAAGGGCUGUUUCCUGCCAAUUGCACCUAGGAAAGCUGCUCAACACUAUUUUUCUGGCUUGAGAAAUGUGUUUCUCUGGCUCUUUCAGGCUUUACUGUGGUGCCUUAGAACUUGGCUGCAAGCUGUGAAGCCAUCCUGGCCUGUCUGCCAGGGAGGGAACUGCUUUAGGAGACUCCUGGUAAAGACCAGCACUUCUGGAACUGCUUCUCCCAGACUGACUAUGCUCAGAAAGCUGGGGAAAUCAGGCACCCAGCAAAAGACCCCACCAGGACAGUGUGUGUGUUCAUGUGUGUGUUUUCCACAUCUGCCUAUUGAGAUUUUGGCCUCUAGUGUGUGUGUCAGGGGAGGGAGUGAAAUGCCCCAGGAACUGGGCAGCUCUCCUGAAACAUCUUGUCUGUGGGGAAGUGUGUAUGAUUUUUUUUUUGUGAGUUUUUUUUUUCUGUCUCUUAUCUCUGAAUACCUCCAAAAGCCUGUCCAGAAACACUAAGGUUGAGCUCUGCUUGCCCCUCCUGAUGGUGAACAAGGCAGGCAACAAUGAGCCACUUGAGCAUCUUCAGACCCUGAGCCUGCACAAUGAGUCUGCCCACCCAAGGACCUUAAUCCAGAUGAGAGGAUAGGAUUUGAACCUGAAUGUGUGGAACUGCUGUGAAUGUCCCUGGACAGCUAAGAUUGCUGGUGCCCUAGGCCUGUGAAGAUGAGGUGACCAAAAGGUUGGCAGAAGGUGCUCUGCAGAAAGCUGAGGAAUCCUACUUGAGGUCUGAAAUAGUGCAGACCUCGUGUGCAUGACGGUAAAGGGGUAUGUGCCCAAGGUUACUUCAAGGACAGAUUUGCUGGUGAACAGGAAAGUGCUGGAGAUUGUCCCAUUCUCCUGGGUGUGGCAGCUGAACUAAGAAUGUAGUUGCUGUUACCUCACCCUUCCCUGCAGGCUGUGAGAGUUACUCUCUUUGAAGAUCCCUUCUUGCAGCUGCUCCUGCACCUGAGCUGAUUCUCCAAGCAGAAAAUGUAGGGGUCAUGCCCUGCUUUUGGGGAGAAGAAAGGGAUGGGAGUCAGCAGGGGUGUUGUCUUCCAGCACUCACCUCCACCCAUCCUGGGGGAGAAGAAGAAAUAAGCUGCUUCUGCAGUAGCACAUAGGUUGGCAGAACCAAACAAAAAGCUGGCUCAAGUCCUGCUCCUAAGUUCCACAGACCUCGUGGUUUAACUGGAUUUUGUGUGCUCCUUUCCUGCCCCCCCUUCUGUAUUGAAUGGUGGGGGAUGGGUGUUAUGUCUUUACUGUUACUUUGAUUUCUUCCCCCUACCCAUGAAUUUAAAGUACUGUGUAAAAUAACAUGGGAUCAGCCAUCACCUGGCAAAAGGUGUGUGUGUGUGUGAGAGGGGGAUGUUUUUAGUUUGUGUAGUGGCGUUUUAGAAACACUGGGGCCUCCUUGUGCUGUGAGUCAGUGGGGGAGCCUCACUAAACUGGAUCCAGUGGAUUCAGUGUUACUAUAGGACUUGCCCUGCCUUUCCCCCUCCCAGGCUGGUUUGUGAGGGGACCCCUGAAGGGGAGAGUCCUGGGUGAUGUGUGGGUGGGGUUUAUGAACUGUGAUUUGCACAGCUCUGUGUUCUAACUAAAUUAAAAGCAAUAAAUGUAUGCUAUGGAAAGAA